AUGGGAAGGGCCAAGGCAGUUGGUCCGGAUAACGUUUCAAUCGAGGUGUGGAAGUGUUUAGGAGAUAAAGUAGUUCAAUGGCUAACUACUUUGUUCAACCUUAUAUUCAAAUCUGGAAAAAUGCCUGACCGAUGGAGGAGUAUUAUCGUAGUGCCUCUAUAUAAGAACAAGGGAGACGUCCAGUGUUGUGGAAAUUACAAAGAGAUUAAGAUGUUGAGAAUUGCUAUACUAUAUGGGACAAAGUGUUGGGCCAUCAAGAAGACACAAGCACAUAAGAUGGAAGUUGCAGAGAUGAGGAUGCUAAGGUGGAUGUGUGGGCAUACGAGGUUAGACCGAAUAAGAAAUGAGGUUUGCAGGGAGAGGUUAGGAGUGACGAAUAUAUCAGAUAAGAUAACGGAGGAUAGAUUGAGAUGGUUUUGGCAUGUGAAGAGGAGGCAGUCGACGGCACCGGUUAGAGCAGUGGAAAUCCUCACUGUUGAGGGGAUGAGGAGAAGAGGCAGCCCAAAUUAA